AUGGGCCUUAAGUCAAGUACUCGACAGUCUCAAGACAAUUACGGACAUUGCUUCGCAUAUCAUCUUUCACCCGAUUCCUCUGUUAUUGUGUCCUUCUCGAAACCACUCGCUCGGAAAAUGAUCUACGACGUUGCCAUCAUUGGAGCUGGGCCAUGUGGACUAGCCGCUGCCGCCAGGUUGCGUGAGGCAACACCCUCGGCUCUGUUCACCGAUGACGAACACGAAAGAUACUGGAGGAGAUUCAAACGGACAGAGACGAUUGAGUCCGAGAAGAAGAAACGCCGGCGUAAAGCAAGCAGCGCAUCCAUACUAUCGGAACCGGAGCUGCCGUCAAGGUCGAUGGUUGUGCUUGAUGGACAUUCGAAUCAAUGGAUGUCUGCAUGGAAAGAGAGGUUCAAGCACCUGCAGAUUGAUCAUCUUCGAAGUCCUCUGUUCUUCCAUCCAGAUCCCCGAGAUCGAGAUGGACUUUUGGGGUACUCCCAUUUCCAUGAUCGUGCUGGUGAGCUUCGUGAAAUCCAUAACGUCGUCGGCAGGGAGCUCAGCAAGCACCGAACGAAGAAGAAGCGCGACAAAAAGGUUGCUCGACACCUCCGCAUCGACGACAGAGACCGCGUCGACUACUUCACGCCGUCCACACGGCUCUUUGACGAUUUUUGUCAGGACAUAAUCCAUCGUUACCAGCUUCAAGACUUGAUUGUGCAGGCCCAGGUCCAAAACAUCGAGUAUGGAGAUGUGGGAAGCGUGACAGACCCUAAAUUAUUUGCGUUGACGACAGAUCGGGGCACCAUCUUUUCCAAGACGGUCGUGUUGGCUGUUGGACCAGGUGCUAAACCGAAGAUUCCAUCUGACUGCCAACUUCGACUUGACAUGCAUCGCGGAAGUGUGUGCCACUGCUUUGAAGCGAUCGGAUCCUCGUGUAUGCCUGAACAUGUAUCGCGCAAGAUAAACGAGAGGCAGCCCACAUCGGUCGUUGUAGUUGGAGGAGGGCUGACUAGCGCACAAAUUGCCGAUUUGCUCCUCUCAAGGGGCGUUACCAAGGUAUUCCUGUUAUUGAGAGGGAAGUACAAGUUGAAACAUUUCGACGUGGAUCUCGAGUGGGUGUCCAAGGUUCGCAACCAGCAGAUGGCGGUGUUCUGGUCUGCAGAUACCGACGAAGAGAGAUUUGAGAUGUUGAAAAUGGCUCGGAACGGUGGAAGUAUCACACCUUCUUACGACAAGAUUCUGAAGAAGCACGUUGCAAAUGGCGUCCUUCGCAUUGUUCCACACACGUGCAUCGAAGAUGGUACCUGGUGUUGUAGAAGCCAGACUUGGACUCUAUGGCUGUCAUCGGCUUCGGACUCUGAAAGCGUUCUGUCGGGAAUCGACCAUGUCAUAUAUGCCACCGGGGCUGCUCCUAAUAUCAACAAUGUCUCCUGCAUGCAGCGGAUGCUGACAGAAUAUCCUGUGGAGUCCAUCAAUGGGCUGGCAAGAGUUACUGAUGACUUGAUGUGGCAAGACGAUGUUCCAUUGUUUCUUACCGGCGGCCUUGCCGGGUUGCGACUUGGGCCAGGAGCUGCGAAUCUCGCAGGAGCAAGGCAAGGUGCCGAGAGGAUUGCCUGGAAGAUUGACGAGAUACUGGGAAGACCAAAGGCAGAGGCAGAGGGCGAUGGUUCGGAAUCUGGUAGUGCUUCAACCCUAGAGCACAGGGCUCUACCCGGCCGCCCAAGCAGAGCGUCCUUGAGCAAAGACAGGAGCGAGUUCACAGGGUCUUUCAACAACCAAUUCGAGGCUCUCAGUAUAUAA